CCGUCACCAUGACAACCAGUGUCACUGCAUGUUGGGCGCUAUUACGGUGUAUUAAAUAAUUUUUGAUGAAACCUUAAACGGAUCAAUAACUGUAAUUUUACUGGAUCACGCAAUAUGGCCGAGACGAAGGUAUCAAAAAAUUCUGGCGAUGACAGUCCUGAAGGAGAUAGUGAUAGUGUUAACGCUGAUGAGCCUUCCUUUGGGCAGAUUGGACAAGGUAUUCUAAAAACUGCACCCAUAGCAAUAAACCGAGACGAAUAUUUGCAAGCCUAUAGAGAUCUUUCGUUUGACCGCUAUCAACUACAGUUGAAGAACAAUUUACUGCACCGGAGAUUGGGCGAAUACUACAAGAAACGAAAGCUUGAUCAUGUCUUAAAGCCUAUAGAAGGUGCUCAGGAAUUGGAAGAAAAAUUCCAACAAAAGCUGUUAACUUACGAAGAAUUAAAAGAAAAAGAGGAAAGGGAGAUGCGAGAUAUAAGGAGAAAACUAGAAGCAGUACAAUUUACAUAUGAAGAUAAAUUGGAGCACGCUGAAAAGAAUUUCAACAAUCUCCAACAAUUGGAAAAAUCGACUGGUACUGGCUUGAUAUAUUCGAAGAAAGGCAAACCUAUUGCUGACAAGACUGUGGAAAGAUUUUUAACUUUACAAAGACGUAAAAGCGAGCAAGCUUCAGCUCUUUGUCUGCGGUAUAUCAGAUGCAGGAACGCCGUAGCUGAUCUGGAGGUGAUCGUGCGCAAGUUGGAAUGUCUUGGACCUGGAUUAUACGUAGCGCAAUACGAACAAUUGCAUAUCGACAAUCAGAACUAUUCAACAAAAAUAGAAGAGCGAGAAGACGAGUUGAUAAGAAAUCGCUCGAAAUGCACUGAACAUAAUCAAAUACUGGCUCACAUUAGGGAAAAGAUGCAUCACACAGACGAAGUUAUCGACUUUGCUGAAUGCGAUCUUGGAGAUGCUGAGAUUGAAUUUUUACGAGCUCGAGAGGAUUUAGGACAAGUUAAGAGCCGUCGCGACAAACUACGUUGGUCGUUGCAAGGUGAGCGACUGAGGGCGGGCCUUCUUACAAGAAAGGACCUUUUGCGUGACUACCAAGACGCCACUGACGAGGUUGUAAGUCUACGCGAGAAAAAAGUCCAAUUACAGGAACAAGUACGAGAUAUAACAAAGGAAGUACGCAAUGCACGGAAGCGCAUGGUACAUCAUUCAAAUAUUCAGAAUGCAGUCAGAGAUGAUUAAUGUUGUUUUUUUUAAAUAUUUACUCUUACUUA